CUUUCCACCCAAACGCCCAGUAUUUAGGCAAACCUUUUUCUCUCUGCUUUUUUUCUUCCAUUAACAUCCCCAUCCUUCCCUUCGUCGUCCCCCUAACUUUUUACUUCCUUCAUCCUCUUCGUCCUUAUCCCUCCCUUUUCUCUCCGCACUUUCUCUGGGUUUUCUCCUCAACCUCGCUCCCAGAUUGCCUAUAUAAUAAACUCCCCCGGUUUGACCUUCUUCACCAAUUAAGAUCAUCACCCUUCCUGGUUUGAAUUCUUAGUUUCUUUGAUCGAAUUCUAACUACUGAAUUUUGUGCAGCUCCAGAAAUGGAAAACGUUUCAGGACUCUGUAAGGAACAAGACAAAAUGAAUUUGCCUCCUGGGUUUCGGUUUCACCCUACUGAUGAAGAGCUUAUAAGUCAUUACCUGUACAAGAAGGUCACUGAUUCCAACUUCUCAGCCAGGGCCAUUGGGGAUGUCGACUUGAACAGGUCCGAGCCUUGGGAUUUGCCAUGGAAAGCCAAAAUGGGAGAAAAAGAGUGGUACUUCUUUUGCGUGAGAGAUCGCAAAUACCCGACUGGUUUGAGAACCAACAGGGCUACUGAAACAGGAUACUGGAAAGCCACCGGGAAAGAUAAAGAGAUUUACAGAGGCAAAUCGCUGGUCGGGAUGAAGAAAACUCUGGUUUUCUACAGAGGAAGGGCACCCAAAGGAGAGAAAACCAACUGGGUGAUGCACGAAUACAGAUUAGAGGGUAAAUUCUCUGUCCACAACCUCCCUAAAACCGCAAAGGUUGAGUGGGUGAUAUGCAGGGUUUUUCAAAAAGGUUCGAGCGGUAAGAAAACCCAUAUAUCUGGGAUGAUGAGGCUGGAUUCUCUGGGAAAUGAAUUGGGUUCUUCUGGUUUACCUCCAUUGACAGAUUCGUCACCUUUCCCUGGCAAACCCGUCACAGAAUCGGCUUACGUGCCCUGCUUCUCCAAUCCAAUCAAUGCUCCGAGAAACAACCAAGGAGGUAUCUUUGAUUCCUACAGCGACGUCCCUAAUUAUGGGGUUUCUUCGAAUCCCUCGGACAACCUUCCCAGGAUCCCACCUUCCGGUUCAUUAUAUUCCUCUCAGCCACAUCAAGCUCCUUCAAGUUUAGCUUUACCCAGCUCUAUCUAUGGCCUGCAAGACCAGACCAUCCUCAGAGCCUUGCUCGAAAACCAGGAAUCAAACAGGAACAAUUUCAAACCCGGGAGGGAGAUGCUCAGUGUAUCGCAAGAAACAGGUCUUACCACCGACAUGAACCCCGAAAUCUCCUCGGUCGUGUCAAGUCUUGAUAUGGCUCGGAGACCCGUUAACAAUCAGCAGCAGCAGCUGCCAAAUGCUUUAUCUGCAGGAAUGGACUAUGAGACCUUGUGGACUUACUGAGUUCCAAUUUAAGAAAGAAGAAAAGCCAGCUUCUGAAGAUGGUGAAGAGAGGAUGACGGAGAAAGAGCCCCUCAGAUACCAUAUAUAAAUUGUCUGAAAUAUCAAUAAUCUAGUCUGUGUGCGCAGGAAUAAGUAUAACUGUAAUGAAAGAUGGUGAAAUCUGGAAGUUUAUGCUGGGUGUAAGAAAUCUUGUGAAGUAAAAACUGUUUGUGAUUUGAUGUUGAGAAAGAUUUUUAUAAAUCAAGAUUUGGUUUGAAAAUCAUGCUAAGACGAGUCUCAGUAGUUGUUCGAGCCAGCUCAUGCUGAAACUUGAGAGAGCAAGAGCAUGACUUUUGAUUCUGGUGAUAUUUUAAUGCCAAAUUGUACAUUUGUGGGGA